AUGUCCCAGUCCACUGUCACUGAAGAAGGAGGCACCUUCGAGCACCUGUGGAGCUCCCUGGAGCCAGACAGCACCUACUUUGAGCUCCCCCCAGGCAGCCAGCCAGGUGAGCGGCCAGUUCCCUCUACCAGCACACCGGGGAGCCACCGCGGCGCUGCCGAAGUCUCCAUGGAUGUCUACCACAUGAGGGACAUGAAUGACAAUGUGAUGUCCCAGUACAACUUGCUGAGUAGCAGCAUGGAGAGCCUGGGGAGCCGUGCGACGUCCGCCAGCCCCUACAGCUCCGAGAACGCCUCCUCGUCGGCCGUGCCCACCCCCUCGCCCUACUCUCAGCCCAACUCCACCUUCGAGGGCCUGUCGCCUGCCCCGGCCAUCCCCUCCAACACCGACUACCCCGGACCGCACACCUUCCAGGUGUCCUUCCAGCAGUCCAGCACCGCCAAGUCUGCCACAUGGACCUACUCUCCCUUGCUGAAGAAGCUCUACUGUCAGAUUGCCAAGACCUGUCCAAUCCAAAUCAAACUGUCCUCCUCUCCUCCACAUGGCAGCAUCAUCAGAGCCAUGCCCGUCUACAAGAAGGCGGAGCAUGUCACGGAAGUGGUCAAACGCUGCCCCAAUCACGAACUAGGGCGAGAUUUCAAUGAUGGUCAAGCAGCCCCAGCCAGUCACCUGAUCCGAGUGGAGGGGAAUAACCUCUGUCAGUAUGUGGAUGAUCCUGUCACUGGCCGACAGAGUGUCUUCGUGCCCUAUGAGGCUCCACAGGUGGGGACUGAGUUUACCACCAUCCUGUAUAACUUUAUGUGCAACAGCAGCUGUGUGGGUGGCAUGAACAGGAGACCCAUCCUCAUCAUCAUCACUUUGGAGACCAGGGAUGGUCAAGUCUUGGGCAGAAGGUCAUUUGAAGGUCGGAUAUGUGCGUGUCCUGGUAGAGACCGCAAGGCCGACGAGGACCACUUCAGAGAACAACAGGCCCUGAAUGACAGUGUGGCCAAAAAUGGCAGUGCCAGCAAGCGCAACUUUAAACAGAGUCCGCCAAAUAUUCCUAGUCCAAAUAUUAACCUGAGGAAAAGGCGGCAUGGAGAGGAAGAGAUUUACUAUAUUCCUGUUCGUGGCAGGGACAACUUUGAGCUGCUGAUGAAGAUUAAGGACAGCUUGGAGCUGGUGGAGUUGGUGCCACAGCCGCUGGUGGACUCCUACAGGCAACAAACACAGCAGCAGCUGCUGCAGAGACCGAGUCACAUAGCAUCCCCCUCAUCUUACUCUCCACUGUCCAACAUGAACAAGCUUCAUGCCCACGGAGGCCUCAGCAAACCACCCUCAGUCAACCAGCAGCAGCCCCAGCAACACCCCACUGCCCCCACCUCCAUGUCUCAUAUGGGCUCAAACAUGCUCAGCAGCCACCACAUGCAGGCCAAUGGUGAUAUGAAUGGUGGCCACAGCAGUCAGACUUUAUUGUCUGCUUCCCACUGCAGCCCGCCCCCUCCGUAUAACCCUGACCCCAGCCUUGUCAGUUUUCUUACCAGUCUGGGCUGUCAGAACUUCAUUGAGUACUUCACCUCCCAAGGCCUGCAGUCUGUCUACCAUCUUCAGACUCUCUCCAUGGAGGAUUUAGGUACACUGAAGAUACCGGAGCAGUCCCGCCUCGCCAUCUGGCGAGGUCUGCAGGACAUGAAACAAGGUGCUCCCAUCCAACUGCCCGCCUCUACUCAUCACCAUGACUAUCAUGGCCAGCAGCUUCUUCGCUCCAGCAGCAACAUGGCUGCCUCUGCGAUGGCAGCCAUUGGGGCUACUGGUGGGGAACUGCAACGUCAGCGCGUCAUGGAGGCUGUGCAUUUUCGUGUCCGCCACACCAUCACUAUCCCCAACAGGUCAGGUGUUGUUGGAACGUCAGGGAUGGCAGCAGCUACUGAUGAGUGGGCUGACUUUGGUUUCGACAUGCCCGACUGCAAGAUGUCUCGUAGCAAACACUCCAUCAAGGAGGAGUUCAUGGAAAGUGACAUUCACUGA